AAUCCAAAGGCAGGUGUUUUUCUCGGGAGACAUUCUGAGAUGUCCUUUUUCAUACUCUUCCCUCAAUGGAUAUGGAUAUGGAUGUUAUCUGGGGAGACCUUGAUCUUAUUGCUUCUGGAGGUCCCUUUCAAAGGCUCUGCCUUGCCUCCAAUACGGUACUCUCAUGCUGGGAUAUGUCCAAAUGAUAUGAAUCCCAACCUCUGGGUAGACGCACAGAGCACCUGCAAGAGAGAGUGCGACACUGACCUGGAAUGUGAGAGCUUUGAGAAGUGCUGUCCUAACGUCUGUGGAACAAGGAGCUGUGUCGCAGCUAGGUACAUGGAUGUCAGGGGGAAGAAAGGACCGGUGGGGAUGCCCAAGGAGGCAACCUGUGACCGUUUCAUGUGUAUCCAGCAAGGUUCAGAGUGCGAUAUCUGGGAUGGGCAGCCUGUUUGCAAAUGCAAAGAUAGGUGUGAAAAAGAGCCAAGUUUUACUUGUGCAUCUGACGGGCUUACCUAUUACAACAAGUGUUAUAUGGAUGCAGAAGCAUGCACCAAAGGCAUUACACUCAAUGUGGUAACUUGUAGGUAUCAUCUCACCUGGCCAAAUACCAGCCCUAUCCCACCAGAGACGACCGCUCACCCCACUACUGCCUAUGCAGAGACAACCAUCACUGACAUCCUUCCACCUGUACUAGUCAACAACCCAGCACAUCAGUCCGUCUACGUAGGGGAGACCGUGAGCUUUCUUUGUGACGUCACUGGCCGUCCGAAGCCCGAAAUCACUUGGGAGAAGCAGACAGACAGCAGUGAGAAAAUCAUCAUGAGACCCAAUCACGUUCGCGGAAACAUUGUUGUCACCAAUAUUGCCCAGCUGGUGAUCUACAACACACAACUACAGGACGCGGGUAUCUACACUUGCACUGCUAAAAACAUUGGUGGUGUUGUCUGGGCAGACUUCCCCUUGUCUGUCGUCAAAGGAGAAGCCACCUCUAUUGAAGCAUCACAGAACAAAACCCACUUUCCAACCGACGAGUGUCUGAAGCAGCCUGACAGUGAAGACUGUGGGGAAGAGCAGACCCGGUGGUAUUACGACGCAAAGAAGAACAACUGCUUCACUUUCAUCUAUGGGAACUGCAACAGCAACCUGAACCACUUCGAGACCUAUGAAAACUGCAUGUUGACUUGCAUGAACGGGCCCAUCAACAUCUGCAACUUGCCAGCCCUCCAAGGCCACUGCAAAGCGUACGAGCCCCGGUGGGCAUACAACAGCUUGACGAAACAAUGCCAGUCUUUCAUUUACGGAGGCUGCGGAGGCAACGAGAAUAACUUUGAGAGCAGAGAGGCCUGUGAAGAGAUGUGCCCUUUCCCCAGGGACGUGCAUUGCAAGGCGUGUAAGGCUUGCAAGCCCCGGCAAAAGCUGGUGACGAGCUUCUGCAAGAGCGAUUUUGUGAUUCUUGGCCGCGUGACGGAGCUGACGGAGGACCAGGACUCGGGACACGCGCUGGUGACUGUGGAGGAGAUUCUGAAGGACGAGAAAAUGGGCCUCAGGUUCUUGGGGAAGGAGCCUCUAGAGAUUACCCUUUUAAACAUGAACUGGAGCUGCCCGUGCCCCAACAUCACCGCAGCGGAUGGUCAGCUCAUCAUAAUGGGCGACGUCCACAACGGAAUGGCUGUUUUGCAGCCAGACAGCUUUGUGGGGGCCUCUAGCAUCCGGCGUGUCCGGAAGCUACGUGAGGUCAUUCACAAGAAAACCUGCGAGCUGUUGAAAGAGAUCCUAGGACUGCACUAAUACUUUC